AUGUCUUCUGUGAACUCCACCGGCCCCUCCCACCCCCUCACCUUCCUCCUGGUUGGCAUUCCUGGGCUGGAGAAGGAGCAGUUCUGGAUUGCCUUCCCCUUCUGCAUCAUGUACGCCAUAGCUGUGCUGGGGAACAUCAUCCUUCUCAUCAUCAUCAAGACAGAGUCAAGCCUGCGUGAGCCCAUGUACCUCUUCCUGGCCAUGCUGGCCUUCACUGACCUGGCCCUCUCUACAUCCAUGCUGCCCAAAAUGCUCACCAUCUUCUGGCGGGGCUCCAGGGAGAUUGGCUUCUUUUCCUGCCUUGUUCAGUUGUUCUUUGUCCACAACUUCACAACAAUGGAGUCCGGCGUGCUCGUGGCCAUGGCCUUGGAUCGCUAUUUUGCCAUUUGCCAUCCCCUGCGGCACUCCAGCAUCCUCUCCAUGCCGGUGGUGGCAGCUCUCGGGAGCCUGGUGCUGCUGCGUGGAGUCAUCAUGGUGGCUCCUUGCUGCUUCCUGCUCCAUAGGAAGGCCUUCUGCCAGCAUCGUGUCAUCUCCCAUUCCUACUGUGAACACAUGGCCGUGGUGAAGCUGGUAUGCGAGGACACCAGAGUCAAUGCUGCUUAUGGCAUCUUUGUGGCUUUGGCAGUGGCAAUAUUUGACCUUACUGUGAUCAUUGUGUCCUACACUAUGAUCCUGCGGGAGGUACUGAAGCUGUCAGCCUCAGACACACAGCUCAAGGCCUUUAACACAUGUGUAUCACAUGUCUGUGUCCUCCUUACAUUUUAUGUCCCUGCCUUAUUCACAUCUCUCACCCACCGGUUUGGGCACAGCAUCCCUCAGCACAUCCACAUAUUGGUGGCCCACCUCUACAUGCUGGUGCCCCCCACAUUAAACCCUAUCAUCUACGGGGUCAGAACCAAACAACUCAGGGAAAAAAUAGCUGUUCUUUUCCAGAGGAAAGGAAAUUGA